AUGAUGCAUCACACUCGUUUUCUUCUCUGGGCGUCAGUCCUCUCAGCUGGCGCCCUUGCCAAGCCCUGUGGUAAGAAAGUGAGCAGCAGCAGCUCGUCGCUAAGUUCAAUCUAUGGGGCCAUAUCUACAUCGACCAUAAGCGAAACUGCCAUCCAGGUUUCUACCUCCAUGACAGGCUCAAACACGGAAUCCUCCACUAUAAUCCAGAGUUCCACCUCUGCCGCAAGUCCCACGAGUUCCACAACCCUGUCGAGCACAGAAUCUCAGACGUCGACGUCGACAUCUUACAGCACUUUGACGACGGCUUCCGCUACCAUUGGAUCAUCUUUGACGACCGAGACUUCCACCUCAGCAACAUUUUCCACGGCUUCCACUCCCACUGUGACGGGAUCAACAGUCACGGAAUCCACAACUUCAGUUCAAUCAUCCAGCUCAUCAGUUGACUCCAUAAGCACGACAACAUCAUCAGUGGAUAUUCAACCUUCAACCAGCUCCUCGGUUGAAACCACUUCCAGCUUCUCAAUAACUUCCAGCUCUUCAGUUGAGACGACUUCCAGCUUCUCAAUAACUUCCAGCUCUUCGGUUGAGACGACUUCCAGCUCCUCGGUCGAGCCCAUUUCCAGCUCCACAACCACGUCUAGCGCCUCUGGACCGACGGCCACAAUCCUCAACGGUGACUUUAGCAAUGGGCUCACUAGCUGGCAGACCUCCGCCGUGUCCGGCAACGGCGCCACCAUUGUUGCCUCCUCCAGCUGUGGAAGUGGGAGCGCUUCCGUGGGAUCCACAUGUGCGGCCUUUAACAUGAACAACGGCGACGUGUUUCUGUCUCAGGUGCUUGACACCUUGGAAGGUACCUCGUACACAGUUGGGUUCCUUGCCUCGCUCACAAUCAGCAAUGGAUGGGGAGUGUGCACUGUUGGCGGUGCCUACCGUGACCUGACGAGGUCAUCGGCCGCAGCCAGCUAUGCGUUGACCUUUACGGCGUACGGCCCCAAGACAAUUAUUCAAUGCACAUUCCGAUCUCUUGGAGGCGGAUAUGGGGCCAUCAGCCAGUUCACCAUGGCGGUCAACGGCGCAGGAACGCUCCCAACGAACUAUCUCGUCAACAGCGAUUUCAGUGCUGGGUUGGCCCCCUGGGCGGACGUUACCACGACCGCCGCCUCACCCAGCGUCUUCUCGUCCUCCGCAGACUGUUUUGGCUUCGCGGGCUCUUGUAAUGGCGCUACGAUUCAACCGGGCGGCGAGUGGCGGUUCUCACAGUCUGUCACCUAUGACCGUAGCGUCACAAGGUAUCUCGUGUCCGUCAACUACUACGUCUCCGGUACCCAAAACUUCGUAACGGGGGUGCUUUGCGGGAUACAAGGGAUAUCAUUGACGACUGGGCAGACCCGGCCGCUCAACUCAUGGCUCCUGGUGGCUAACUACUGGCAGGUGGCGAGCUCUGCCCCUGAGACGGUGACCUUUACAUGUGAUGUUACGGUGAGUAGCUCGGCGACGGGACCGUUCGAUUUCCGGUUCACAAAGCUGCAGUUAACGCCUCUGCUAUAA